AUGGCGGGCUACGGCGGAUAUGGUGGUGGUGAUGCCGGUGGCUUCAUGGCCGGAUCUCAGCAAGGUGGUAGUCAAGGCGGUGGUUCCAAGUACGCCGACGAAUCCCUCCGCCCCGUAACCAUCAAGCAACUCCUCGACUGGGAAGACACCUACCCCGGCAUGGAUCCCACCAUCGAUGGCCACCCCAUAACCCAAGUGACCAUCGUGGGCCAAGUGCGCUCGGUCAAGCCUCAACCGACCAACAUCACGUACAAGAUCGACGACGGCACGGGCGCCAUCGACGUCAAGAAGUGGGUCGACUCGGAAGCACAAGGCGAAGGCGAGAACGGCAGCGGCGCCGGUGCUAUUGCCCCCGACGCCUUUGUCCGCGUGUGGGGUCGUCUCAAGAGCCUCGGCGGCAAGAAACACGUCAGCGCCAACUUCAUACGCCAGAUUGAGGAUUUCAACGAGGUCAAUUACCACCUGCUCGAGGCGACAUACGUGCAUCUGUUCUUCAGCAAGGGCGCAGCAGGUGCCGGUGGCGCGAAACAAGACGGUGGAGGAGACAGCAUGUUUGUCGAUCAGGGAUACGGAGCCGGAGGAGGAGGCGCUGAUGUCGCUAUGGGCGGCGCUGGCCCUGGUGGAGGAAACAGCGCGAUGCGGGCGAGGCUGGCGACGUGCUCGCGGAAUGCGCAGACCAUUUGCAACUUCAUCAACAACUCGCCUGGCGGGACAGAGGGUGUCAAUUUGCAUGUGAUUGCGCAGGGCACGAGGAUGAACGUUAGGGAUAUCGUCAAUGCGGCGGACGAGUUGCUGGGACAGGGUAUCAUUUACACCACGCAGGAUGAUGAGACGUGGGCUAUUCUGGAUUAUUAG